UCCUUGCAAGUCCCAAGUCCGUUUGGGGCCCACGACAAAUCAUCCUCCGGCUCUGUGUAGCGUACAAAUCGAGAAAUCCUAUUUCGCCAACUUCUUUGAAACAAACGGGAAACGCUGGAAUCAACUAUACGCUCCGACGUUCGAUUUUCCCAUACUAAAAGGAUUAGCUCCGACGUUCGAUUUUUCGAAUACUAAAAAGAUUACAUGUUCGCAAAGCGCCUCAUUCAGAAGGCCGUUCAUCUUCAUCAGCAUCAUGAAAAGGGUUUACUGGCGUCCGAAGACGUGGAGCUUCGGAUCAAUGUACACUAUGGAGUUCCUUCUACGGCCUCGAUUCUUGCUUUUGAUUCGAUUCAGCGCCUACUGGCAAUCGGCACAUUGGAUGGCAGGAUAAAGUUAAUUGGUGGUGAUAAUAUCGAAGGACUUUUGAUUUCCCCAAAGUUGGUUCCUUACAAGUACUUAGAGUUUCUGCAGAAUCAAGGUUUCUUAGUUAGCAUUACAAAUGAUAAUGAUAUUCAGGUUUGGAAUCUGCAGAUGAGGUCAAUAGCUUGUAGUUUCCAGUGGGAAUCCAAUGUAACUGCCUUCUCUGUAAUCAGUGGCUCGUCGUUUAUGUAUGUUGGUGACGAAUAUGGGUUAAUGUCAGUUCUGAAGUAUGAUUCAGACGGUGGAGAGCUUCUGAAAUUGCAUUAUCAACUAUCUUCAGAUUCUCUCGCCGAAGCAACUGGGUUCUCAAUCUCUAAUCGGCAACCUAUAGUUGGACUUCUUCCUCAACCCUGUUCUUCCGGGAAUAGGCUACUGAUUGCUUAUGAGAGUGGGCUGAUUAUUCUUUGGGAUGUGGUUGAGGCACAUGUUGUUAUUGUUCGAGGUGAUAAGGUCCUCCAACUGAAAAACAAAGUUGUUCCUCCAAUUGAUAUAGAUACCAAUAUUGUUGGUGAUGAACUUUCCCAUAACUUGGACAAAGAGAUCAGUGCUCUUUGUUGGGCGUCUACUGAUGGGUCCAUUCUUGCUGUUGGAUAUAUAGACGGGGAUAUUUUAUUUUGGAAUACAUCAAAAGAUUCUUUAGUUGGCGGCCAAGAAACUAGAUCAUCAUCAAAUGUUGUCAAGCUACAGUUGUCAUCUGCUGAAAAGAGACUCCCUGUCAUUGUUUUACACUGGUUGGAUGACACUAAAUCCUGUCAUCGUCCAGAAGGUCAGCUUCUUGUUUAUGGCGGUGAUGAGAUAGGAUGUGAAGAAGUUGUUACGGUUCUCAAUCUUGGAUGGUCAUCUGGAAUGGAAGCAGUAAGAUGCAUAGGUCGUGUAGAUCUCACUCUUACUGGCUCUUUUGCUGACAUGAUAUUGAUUCCAUCUGCUGGUACUACGGGAAGUGAUGCAAAUGUUUCCUUAUUUGUAUUGUCUAACCCUGGGCGUAUACAUAUUUAUGAUAGAGGCAGCCUGUCUUCCUCAGACUUGCAGUCCAGGGAGGAACAACCUAUCUCUGCUAUAAACUUUCCUGCUGGAAUACCAACUGUUGAUCCUCGGAUGACAGUGGCAGAGCUUUUUCUUAUACAUGGAACCAUAGAGGGCAUAGAAUCCAAGAUAGCUGCAAUGAGUUUAACACAGGGGUGGCCUGCGAAUAAAAAGUGGCCAUUGACUGGGGGUGUAAGUAAUCAUGUAUCUUUUGGCAAAGAUAAGAAGGUCCAAAGACUAUAUGUAGCAGGCUACGAGGAUGGAUCAGUUCGAAUAUGGGAUGCUACUUAUCCAGUCCUUUCGCUCCUUUGUAUUUUGACAAAUGAGGUGAACAGUGAAGAUCUGGUUGAUUCUGGUGCCUCAUUGACCAGAGUUGAGUUGUGCUCCUUCACAUUGAGAUUAGCAGUUGGCAGUGAAUGUGGUCUGGUCCAACUUUACAACCUCCGUAGCAGCAACGGGACAAACUUCCAUUUUGUUACAGAAACCAAAAGAGAAGUUCGCAGUUCUUCUCGAGUUCAAGGACCUAGGUGCGAAGCUGUUUUCAAACUUUACGAAUCAGGAGUUCAGGCACUGAAAUUCACAAUCAGUGGAUUCAAACUUAUCGUUGGAUAUGAAUGUUCACGAAUUGCAGUGAUCGAUGUACAUUCAUUAUCUGUUGCAUUUAUAACAGAGUCUAUAUCCAACUCACCAGUGAUAUCGGUACUCUGGAAAACUUUUGCUUCUGAAAAUGCUAGAGUUACAAAUGAAUCGGUCCCCAAAAUCCCAGAAAACUCUACAGGAGAACAUAUAUUCAUUUUAACUAAGGACGCAAGUCUCUAUAUUACUGAUGGUCGUGGCAUGAUUAUCUCAAGGCCUGUACAGUUGAAGAAGUCAACAGCAAUUUCAUUGUAUGUUAUAGAAAGCCGGGCAGCAACCCUUAGGUCUGUAGAUGACAAACAGUUGUCAAAGGAUGGUGAGUUAAUAAACGAGCUUUCACAGAGUGGUGCUCAGGGGAAUGAGAAAUGUGAAACUGAAGAGCACUCUUCGGAUAAAAUUCCAUCUGCACAGAGCUUGAAGGAGUCAUUUAUCUUGCUUUGUUGUAAUGAUUCACUACGUAUAUACCCGGCCAAGUCUGUGGUUCAAGGAGAAAGUAAAUCUAUUUAUAAAGUCAAACUUUCCAAGCACUGUUGUUGGUCUACAAUUUUCAAGAAAGAUGAAAAAGUUUGUGGACUCUUAGUAUUCUAUCAAACAGGAGCAAUGGAGAUCAGAUCGUUGCCUGAUCUGGAGUUGGUGAAGGAAUUCUCUUUUAUGUCAGACUUAAGGUGGAACUUCAAGGCUAACAUGGAAAGAAUGAUCAGCUCUACAGAAAAUGGACAUAUUGUAUUGGCAAAUGGCUCUGAAGUGGCGUUUAUUUCUCUAUUAGUGGGUGAAAAUGAUUUCAGGAUUCCCGAGUCCCUGCCUAAUCUUCAUGAUGAAGUGCUUGAGGCUGCGGCAAAUGCUGCAAUUAGUGUUUCAUCUGAUCCCAAGAGAAAACAGGGAGGUAAUCUUGGCAUUCUUGGCGGCAUUGUAAAAGGAUUUAGGGGACGGAGAUCAGACAAACCUACAUAUCAUGACUCCAAUUCUAACUCUAAUUUUGAUCGCCUAGAGGAAAUCUUCAUGACAGACCCUUUUCCAGAGUCAUCAACCACUACAGAUGAACAGGGAGCUGCUGAGCUUAAUAUAGAUGACAUCGUAAUUGAUGAACCUGUGCCUUCGGUAUCCACUUCCUCUCAUGAAGUAAAUAACAAAGAUAAAGAUGAGAAAAGUGAACGAGAAAAAUUGUUUGGUGAUGGUGCUGACAUUAAGCCGAGACUUAGAACACGGGAAGAAAUCAUUGCCACGUACAGAAAAGCGGGGGAUGCCUCCUCCGUUGCUGGACAAGCCAGAAACAAGCUUCUCGAGCGCCAAGAAAAGCUUGAGAGAAUCAGUAGACAAACUGAAGACCUACGGAAUGGAGCCGAAGACUUUGCAUCUUUAGCGAACGAGCUUGUCAAGGCAAUGGAAAAACGAAAAUGGUAUCAUAUAUAGUAGCAUUCCAAAAUAAAUGCAUUUCUGCCAGAUUUCCCUCACAGCAAGUUCGUAAGGCUCAUAAAAAUGAUGAGGGCCUAAAGCAUGUCAUCAGAUCCUUGGGUUCAUUGCUAACUCAGGAGCAAGUAAAUGCAAAACAGUUUGGAAAUUUGGAAAAGCAGAACUUUCUGUAAAUCUAAGGGUUUGCAAGUGACCUAAAUAUGGUGCAGCAGAAUUACUUAUGAUCACCUUGAACAACUAAUGGACGGGUGAAGUACAGUCUUGUGACUGGUCCUACGUAUGUAAUUUUCUUGUACAUUGAGAAUGUACAUAAGUGUUCUAUGUUUUCACUUAUUAUCAAAGUGAUUUAAUCUCUUUGUUUUCACUUAUUAUCAAAGUGAUUUAAUCUCUUUGUUU